AUGGCAGCGGAUGAACAGGGUCUGAGAACUGGAGAGAAGUGGACCCUGUUUGGAAAUGAGGCUGAGAAAGUGGAGGUGGAGGUGCUCAGGGAACAGCGUUAUGUCCGCCAACGCUGUGACCGCAUGGCCUUGCGUAGGCAGGCUGAGCAGAAGGCUUCCAUCCAUUUGAAGUAUCUGGAGGACCUGAGUCAAAAGGCCCCAGACUUCCCUAUCCCACUGAGAGCCCACAUGGUGUGGGAGGGCAUGGGGGUCAAACUAUCCUGCACCAUCCAGGGAUGCCCACCCCCUAGGGCCACCUGGUAUAAGGACGGAGUACCCCUGAGUGCCUAUGGCCAGGCUUGGAACUACAGUCUGAAGCAGAAGUUUGGCCUCAACACGCUGGAAAUCAGAAGGUGCUCUGUUGAGGAUGCUGGGGAGUACAAGGUGGUUGCCAAGAGUUCUCUGGGUGAAGCUACUACCAUUGCCACUCUGGUGGUCAACUUUGCAAUGCUGGAGCGGGAGGCUCUGUUUGAGUUCAGCUUCCCUCCGACCUGGGCGAAAGAGGGGGAGAAUCUGACCCUGCAGUGUGCCUUCUCCUCGGCCCUGCUACCCUUCCAACAGGACGUGGCCUGGUUCAGAGAUGGAGUCCAACUGCGCCAGUCCAGCAGGGUGGAGCUUCAGACCGCCCUUCGCUCUGCUUCCCUCACCCUGAAGGGCGUGCACAAGGAGCAGGAGGGCAUGUACAUGGUGCGUCUGCGUACCUGGGAAGGGGUCAAAGAGCAUAAAGCCUACAUUUUUGUCAAAGAUGCGUCUGCAGUAGUGUCCGGUGGUCCAGGCUCUCCUCUGGACCUGAAGGUUUCUGAUGUACAAAAGGACUAUGUCUUCCUCACCUGGGAGCCUCCCAGUGCUGAUGGAGCCUACCAAGUGGAGGGUUACUUUGUGGAGAGGUGUGACAUUGGUAGUGGGCAGUGGGUGCGUUGUAAUGACACCAUUCAGAAGGCAUGUCACUACCCUGUGAGAGGUCUGAGUGACAGCACCAUCUACCAGUUCAGGGUGUGUGCCGUCAACCAGGCAGGUGUAGGACGCCCCUCUAAGGCCACCGAGCCUGUCAUCACCACCGACCCUUUAGAACACACCAGAACUAUGGUUAUCAAGGUGGACAGAGGUAGAGAGAUCACCAUCACCAAAGACCAGCUGGAAAGUCAGAUGAAAGUCCCAUUCCCUCCCACUGGUGUCCAUGCCUGUGAGGUGAGUGACAACUACGCCGUGCUUAGCUGGACUGAGCCAGAGCCCAGAGGCAAGGAGCAACUUACCUUCUAUGUGGAGCGGUCCAUUGCAGGUAAAAACAGCUGGCAGCUGGCCAGCAUGGACAUCACGGUGGGCUCUCCCAGGUUCCCCAUGUUUAACCUACAGAAGGGGAAGUCCUACUGCUUCCGGGUGCGCUCCGUCAACAAGUUUGGCGUGAGCGAACCCUCAGAGCCGAGCCCGCCAAUCUCACUGGUACAACCCCAAGCUGCUCCUGCUCCAGCCACCUCCGUCUUGGCCAUCCGAGACACAGAUUCUGCUGUCCUGCUUCAGUGGCAGGAGCCCAAGGAGAAAGAGGGCAUUCUGGGAUACUACCUGUACUAUAGCGAGGCUGGGAAGCAAGAGUGGAGGACGGUCAACAACAAACCAACCACCAACACCAAGUUUACAGUCAAUGGUCUGAAGUCGAAGAAGGAGUAUGUGUUCAGAGUGAAGUCUGUGGGUCGAGCUGGGAACAGUAUCUACUCCAACGAGUCUCCCCCUAUCCUAGUGAAAGCAGCUCUCAUUGCCCCAUCCCCUUCCUCUGCCAUCGCCCUGCUGCUCUGCACUGGCUCUGAGAUGAUUCUCACCUGGAGAGCCCCUGCUAACAAUGGAGGAGACCCUGUACGAGGCUACUACCUAGACCAGAAGGACAAAGAGCUGGACGCCUGGAGAAAGGUCAACACCAAGCCUGCCAAGGAGAGGCAGCACAAGGUCUGUAAUCUGGAUGGGGGGCAUUACUAUCAGUUCCGUGUUUUUGCUGCCAACGUGGUUGGUGUUGGUAAACCCUCUGAGCCCAGUGAGGCUUUCCUGUGUGAGGAGUGGACCAUGCCUGAGCCAGGCUGCCCUUAUGACCUGGAAUGCAGGGAAGUGAGGCAUAACUCUCUGGUCCUCCUGUGGGCACUGCCUCUCUACGAAGGACAGCAAGGACCAAUCACAGGGUACCUGGUGGAGCUGAGCGAGGGCGACCAAUCACAGAGCUGGACUGCUGUGAAUGAAGAGCCAAUUGCAGAUACCUUUUUGAAGGUGUCAGGUCUCCAGGCAGGUCGGACCUAUCGUUUCAGAGUGUGUGCCUUCAACAAGGCUGGAAUGGGCAUCCCUUCUCUGCCCUCUGAGCUUAUCAGAGCCCAGACCCAACCAGGCACCAGAGACAUAGAGAUUGGUGUGGACAAUGAUGGCUUCAUCUUCCUGGCCUUUGAGGCCACUGAAAUUACGGAGAAGAGCACGUUUGUCUGGAGCAAGAACUACAAAGAGGCUAUUGAAGCUGGGAGAGCCAGGGUACUGUGGGAGAACAAUAGGUCCAUCCUAACCUUCACAAACGCCACUAAAGAGGACCUGGGCCUGUACACAGCAGAGAUGAGUGACAACCCAAACAUCUCUUCCAGUUUCACCUUUACUGCGGAAGAUCUGGACAGACUGACUGAGCUCGGCUGGCACAUCUGCCACCCAUUGAUAGCCCUGCGCUCCAAGUGGCAGGUGGAGGUGUCAGAGAAAGGGAACGUGCGUCUCUGGAUGCAGACUGAGAGCCUGAGCAACGCUGCAGAGCUCCGCCUCAUUCUCAACGACAGAGAGAUCUCCAGUACUGCAGCCCAUAAGAUUAACUUUGACAAGGCCAGUGGGCUGAUAGAGAUUCUGUUUGACCAGCUGUCUAAGGAGGACGAGGGCUCCUACACAGCUCAGCUCUGCGAUGGCCGAGCCAAGAAUCAGUUCACCCUGGUGCUCGUGGACGAGAAGUUCCGUCAGACACUGGCUCAAUCCAUGGCCAACAGAAUGGACUACAAGAGAAAGUCAGCAAAGACAGCCGCUGUAUCUCUGGUCCAGUGUGCGCAGUUAAUCAUUCGCUCUGUUUUUCAAGGACCCCAUUUUCUGGAGUUUUUGUCAUGGACCGUGACAGAGGACUGUGAGUUUAUAAUCAAAUGCAAGGUGACCAACGUAAGCAAGGAUACGACUCUGAAGUGGUUCAAGGACGGCGUGGAGACUCCAGCUGUGUAUGACCAGCAGACUGGAGUCAGCACCAUGACUGUGCAACAGGUGACUAAGAAGGAGGCAGGACACUACAAAGCCGUGGCGUCUGAUGGUAGAGGACAGGAUGUCACCACACUGGAGUUACUACAUGAAGAGUAUGACAAGCUCCUCCAACUCCUGAGCAAACAGUGUGCGCUGUCUGCAGGCCCAGUGAGGAUUCAAUGCACUGCUAUGGGCUUCAAGCUCUACUGCUCUCUCAAGUAUUAUAUCAGCUACAUGAAGACCAGCUGGCACUUCAAGGAGAGUAGGAUUGACCAGUUGGAGAGGUGUAAGCCUGGCAGCAGUAUGCAGAAGCUGUGGGUCGAGGUCUUUGCGCCCACGGAGAACGAUAAGGGGAAGUACACUCUGGAGAUGUUUGACGGUCAAGAAAAGCACACACGCUCACUGGACCUAUCUGGACAAGCCUUUGCUGAUGCUCUGUUGGAACACCAGAGGUUGAAGCAAGUGGCGGUUGCUGAGAAAAAUCGGGCCAGGGUGACCAAGGGCCUACCAGAUGUGGUGGCUAUCAUGGAGAAUAAAUCUCUAUGUCUGACCUGCUUCACUGAUGGUGACCCUGCCCCAGAGAUGUUCUGGCUGAGGAACGACAAAGGCAUCGUCUCGGGGGGCCAGUUCAACAUCGCCAACGAGAAUAAGUGCAGCACUCUGACUGUAAACAACGUGACUAGCGAGGACACGGGCAACUACAGCAUCUUUGUGCGCAACCAGUACGGCACUCAGACGGUCAACGUGACCGUGAGCGUGUACAAGCACGGCGAGAAGCCCCCGCCCGAUGCAGUGGAGAUGUAAGGAAGGAAGGAAGGAGUGUUGGUUUUGUUGCACGAAGAGAGGAUUCCAACUGGGAACAGACGUCAAUUCAAUGUCUUUUCCACGCUGGUUCCACAUGAUAUGGAAACAACGUUGAUUCGACCAGUGUGUGCCCAGUGGGUUGUGUUUGUAUGGUGGUUGAGCCAGUUAGUUUUCAUGGGGUUAAAUUAGAGUUAAUGAGGAGUGAAAUACAAGAAGCAGUUAACUUGUGGCAUUUGGAUGUAGCAAUGACUAAGAAGUUACAUGUGCAAGAGGGAAUGCAGUCAAUUUGAGGUCCAGUCAAACUGCGACAACCUGUAUUCUUGUGUCAUUAUACUACCAAUAAAUAUCCCAAGAGUGUCAGCAACAAUUUUAUGAUGUCGCCCCUUUCUUUCUGGAGCAAUUUAAUUUAGGACCUGUGAGCAGGGACUAGAAAGCUCUGAAGUAGGAUUCAUUGGCCAAGGCGAGCACGUUAAAUGUUCAUUUCAUGUCUUGACAGCAGCAGACUUGAUCCGAAUUCCAAUUAUCUCCCCUAUUGUACUUCACUAGAUAUGUCAUGUUAGUCAUGCACAUGGAGCAGAUUACAUAGGUGCACGACACGUCAAGCGCGUUUUUCUAUGUCAACCUAAUUUAUGCUUUGACCUCCGUGUAAUGAGGCAGUAAUCUCACUCAUUCAGAGUCUGCACCUGCAGCUUAAGUAGGUCUAUUAGCUUGUUGGCUCUCCACAUACAGUAUUUGUCAUAUCAUGUGUCUCUGCAAUCGCUUGUGUGCUGCUAAUAAAGUCAUUUGAUCUUG